AUGGGUGGUAAAACAAAACAAAGUCAAAGAACAAAAAAUAAUGUGAGACCUUCAAGCAGUGGCCGUAGUGCAGAAAUCCUAAGCAAUACCAUUAAAGUAGAUUCCCCAUUUCUAACAGUAGGACCAGGCAAAGUAGUACCUGCACUAUUUCCUACCCUCACAGGAACAAAUAUUGACCAAAAUUUAAAUCCCGAAUAUUCGGUCUGUUUUAAAAAGUUUAACAAAAAAGACCCUGUUACUAAAACCAAGGCUUUACAAGAAUUGCUAGAACUGGUUAAAAGUGGUAAUGUAGAAGAAGUAGUAGCAGCUUUACCCAGUUGGGCCCAUUAUUAUCAAACAUUAACUAUUGAUACAGAUCGCAGAGUGCGAGAAGCGGCACAGGCAUGUCACGGAGCGAUAAUAUCAGCGUGCGGCAGACAAGCGGCGCCGUACUUGCGCCGGCUGCUGCCCGCCUGGCUGCUGGCGCAGUACGACGAGCACGCGCCCGUCAGUUCCCUCGCACAGGCACAGCUCGCGAGCACCUUUCCAGAAGGCAAAUUAUCUGAAGCAAUAUCAUUUUGCAAGGCGGAGAUCAUUGCUCUGAUCAUAGACAACCUCACUGGUAAUGCUGAGGCCAUGCUUAGCAACAAAGUGACAGAGCCAGAGGAGCGCGAGCUGCAGCUAGCGCGCGUGGCGGCGGGCAGCCUGCGCGCGCUGGAGCAGCUGGCGGCGGCGCCGGCGCUGGCCUGGCUGCCGGACGCCGCCGCGCCGCUGCUGCGCGCCGCCGCCUUCUGGAAGCUGGCGGCGCACGACUCGCCGCUCGUUAGAGCGGCCUGGUACGGCUGCGCGGCGCGGCUGCUGGCGCGGCGGGCGGGCGGCGCGCCGCGCGAGCAGGGCGUGCGCGCGCUGCGGGCGCUGCUGGCGCUGCCCGAGCGCGCGCGCGCGCCCGCCGCGGCCCGCUGGCGCGCGCUGCUGCUGCUGCUGCACGGCGCGCAGGAGUGGCACACGUGGCUGGAUAAAAAGGACCUCCUUGUUAAACGGUUUUUAGACCUAUUGGAAAAUGGCGCGUGGGGAGAGGCGCGACUGGUGUCGGACAUCACGCUGCCGCUGCUGGCGAUGCUGCCCGAGGAGUUAAUAAGCAAAGAGUUUUAUAUUACACUCUUCAACGCUCUAUUUACUGGGUUAGAAAAUAAGAGCAUACUCAGUUCGAAAACUGAGAGGCAGAUUUGGAUAACGAAUAUAUCGGACUGCCUCCGGUACCUGUCAGAGCGGCCGCACGAGUACGCGGCGGAGGCGGCCGGCGCCGCGCUCCGCGCCUGGCUCGCCCGCGCGCUGGCGGCGCCGGGCCAUGUGCGUGGCCACGUGCUGCGCCACUCCGCCGCCUGUAUGGCCGCGCUCGCCAAGUGCUGGCUGGAGCGGGCCGCCGCAGGCCGCGCCGGGUACGACCAGCUCGUCCGGAACUUCUGGCAAAACAUCGGCUCCACCAUCUCUGCGCAGAUAGAAAGAUUGUCAAUGGAAGAAAAUGAAAUCACGCAGCUAAUAGACGAUCAUACAUUACUAUUGAGUACCCUAAGAACAUCGUUCAAUCGGGACAAAAAACAACUCAACAUUCAAUUUGCAGAUGAAAAGGUGGAAAAAGUCGAUAUAAAACCCAAAGAUGUUGUAGCAUGUGACAAAGCGUUAAUGGAUAGGUUUAUGCACAAUUUGAACGAAAUAGUGGAAAGGACAUGUUGCCAAUACUUUGAUUUUGCUCACACAAAAAUGAUGUCUCGAGCAGUUUUUUCUUCGUUGAUAACUUUAUUGGUGGAGUUUGAUAGUAAAAACCUAUUUCUGUCUAUUUGGAGACAUUUUAAUGCAGAUUCUAUGUACAGUUUUUAUGAUAAAGUGUUGAAAAGUUGGCUCUCCGGUGACACUAUGAGGUGCGAAGCGCUGGUGGAAGUGCUGUUCUUACUAUUUAAAUACUUCACUGAAGAAGAACUAGAGAAUGUGUACAACUCCUUCCAACAGUUCUUGCCGCUGGUGGUGGAGUGGUGCCUGGCGCGCAGCCUGGCGCGGCCGCAGUGCGCGGCGGCGCGGCGCUGGCUGCGCGGCCACACGGCGCAGGCCGCCGCGCUGGCGCUGUGCCGGCGCGGCGACGCGCGCGCGCACCACCUGCUGCUGCGCUGCCUCGCGCACGACGACCGAGGCGAGGUGAUGGUGAACGCGGCGGUGGUGGAGCAGGCGGUGGUGGCGCAGGCGGCGGCGCUGCGCGCGGGCGCGGCGGACGGCGCGGCGCGCGCGGCGCGGCUGGCGGCGGCGCUGGCGCCCUCGGCCGAGGCCGCGCGCGCUUCGCCGCUGCUCCAGGAGCUCUUCCGUCUCAACCUUAGAGUUAAGCGGGGCUCGGCGGAGUGGGCGGAGGCGCGCGCGGCGUGGCGCGGCGCGCUGGCGGCGCCGGGGGCCGCGCGCGCGCCCGCCGUGGGGGCGGCGCUGCGGGACCUGCACGACCACGUGUAUGGCUGUAUGGAGGAGCUGGACGUGUGCCGGCUGGAGCGGGCGGCGUCGCUGUGCCCCGCGCUGCUGGCGGCGGGCGGCGGCGCGGCGCGCGUGUUGGCGCCGCCCGCCGCCGCCCGCCGCCCGCUCGCCGCGCACGCGCUGCGCGCCGACUGCAUAUUCGGUAACCUCAACUGCCCAUUCGAAGACGAGAACGAGCUCAUACAGACAGUCGUGAGCGAUGCAGACAAGGAGCACGAGGAACUAACAAAAGAAGACCUUAUGAUAUACGUACAUCAGAGUCUAUUCCGGUGUUUCUUCCUGCGCGCGAUGCUCACCCGCAACUCGUGUGCGGACGAGGAGGGCGCAGAAGGCAGCGAGGGGGAAGGUGCGGGGGAUGACGUCAGGAAUGGAGAGGGGGAGGGCGCGGAGGGAGGUGGGCGCGUGGCGCUGCUGCAGGACGCGCUGUACCGCGACCAGUUCGCGCUCGUGCUGGAGGAGUUCGUGGUGCUCAAUUCGCUGUGUGAGAGAUAUGCCUUUUGGGAGCACUAUGAUAUCAUAAAGACAAGCAAGGAAUGUAUGGAGAAGCUCAUUGAAGAUAUUUUGUCAGAAAUUCCAACCGACAUGAAGAACAUGCUUCUAUCACAUUUGACUGAAGUGGCGGCCACGCGCGGCUACUACUGGGCAUUUGCUAGAAGGUUCUUGGAGUUCAAAAUGAACCAAAUGGCCCAAAAACCAUGUAAUUCACAAAAUGAAACUUUAGAAAGUCCCAAAAAUAGUGAAAAAGCAGACGUGUCAUCCAAAUUAGAAGCUGACGAAGUUAAGGAAAGUACUGAAUCGGAUGUGCCGGAAACACAAAGUCCCGUAGAUAUAGACAUGAGUAAAUUAGAGGAAAUUGUCACCGGGACCGGGUACUUCCAUAGUUUACAAGCGGAAUUGAAGUGGUCCCCGGACACGCCGGCGCGCGGCGAGCGUGCCGAGCGCGCGGCGUCCGUGCUGCUGCUGCGCGGCGUGCUGGCGGCGCACGCGCGCGACGCGGCGCUGGUGCGCGCGCUGGAGGCCGACCUGCGCGCCGGCGCCUCCGCGCUCGACGCCGUGGUCAACGCGUACUACAGGCAUAAUUACGUUAUGCUUUAUGAGAGGGAUCUGAACAGCGCCCCGUGGAGCCAGGUGGUGAGCAACGCGUGCGUCGCGGACGCGCUGCGGCUGGCGGUGCGGCGGCGCGGGGCGGAGCUCCCGGCGCACGUGUGGGACUUCGCCACCAUCUCGCUGUGCUCGCUGGUGGCCUCGCUGCGUGCCAGCGCGCCACUUUUAUUCUCCACUAAGGUGGCGCUGCUGGCGCGCGCCGUGCUGCAGCUGUUCCUGGCGGUGCGCGAGUUCGCGGGCGGCGUGCGCGCGCUGGCGGAGCGCCGCGCGCUGGCGCCGCACGUGCUGGCGCUGGCCGCCGAGUGGGACGACAUCUUCGCGCCCGACCUCAACGCCAACCUGUGCGCUCUGCUGCUGCACGUGCUGGAGGAGGACGAGCGGCCGAUGUCGAUGUCGCGUACGUGCGUGGUGGGCGCGCUGCUGGCGGCGUGCGGCGCGCUGCAGGCGGGGCGGCUGGCGGCGCGGCUGGCGGCGGCGGCGGCGGCCGCGCUGCGCCGCGCGCCGCACCCCGCGCACGCCUACUUGGCGUAUGCGGUGCUGGACGCCGUGGACAAGCCCCUCGUGCUGGACGAUGCGGAGAAGCUCGCCGUGUGGAACGCGAGCGACGGCGCGGAGGGCGGGGAGGGCGGGGAGGGCGGGGAGGGGGGCGCGGCGCGCGACGAGGAGCUGUCGCUGGUGCAGCUGGAGGAGCCGCUGCGGCACCUGCACGGGCUGCUGGACGCGCUGCUGCACGACGUCGAGGUGAUGGUGGAGACGUGCGAGACGGCGCCGGGGUCGGGCGCGGCGCGCGCGGCGCUGGCGGCGCUGCUGGCGGCGGCGGCGCUGCUGCGGCGCGCCGGCCUCGCGCGCGGCGACCUGCACCACUGCUACGUGCGCCUCUUCCGGGAGCGGCAGUACGCGGAGCUGGUGCUGCCGGGCGCGCUGCGGCUGCUGCCGGCGGCGGCGCUGCGCGAGCGCGUGCCGCCCGCGCUGCUGCCGCACUUCCGCGCGCCGCCCGCGCCCUCCGCGCUCGACGUUUACGAGCCGUGCGGCCACGCGGUGGUGGGCGCGCUGGCGGCGGGCGUGGCCACGGAGGCGCUGGGCGCGGGCGCGGGCGCGCGCGCGUGGGCCGCCGCGCUGGCGCCGCGCGCCGCCGCCGCGCUGCGCCGCCUCGUGCGCCGCGCCGUGGCGCCCGAGCUGCGCGCGCGCCAGCUGGCGCCGCUGCGCGCGCGCGCGCGCGAGCUGCCCGACACGCAGGUGGCGGUGCACGCGGCGCGCGGCGAGGCGCUGCUGACGCUGAGCGUGGAGGAGCACACGCAGACGCUGUGCGUGCAGUUCCACGACGAGCACCCGCUGGUGCCGCCGCGCGUCACGGCCGCCGCCGCGCCCGCGCCCACGCACGACACGCACUGGAUCGUGCUCUACCUCGCGUAUCAGAACGGCAGCCUGCUGAACGCGGCGCGCAUGUGGGUGUCGGCGGCGCGCGCGCGCGUGGCGGCGGCGCCGCAGUGCUACAUCUGCUACUGCCGCCUGCUGCCGGCGCGCCGCGCCGCCGCCGUGCCCUGCCACCAGUGCCGCAACUCCUUCCACGCCCAGUGCCUGCGCAAGUGGUUCGCAACAAGCAACAAGUCCAACUGCCCGCUCUGCCGCUCCAAGUUC